CUUUAUUUUAACCCACUAACUAGUAAUCUCUCUUUCUCCCCAUAAAUCAUAUGACAAGGAAGUUUAAACGAUUAAAAAAGACCCAGAAAUCUCUGACCUUUGAGCUGUUUCCUGUGUGGAGUAAGGCUAUCCACAGAGGCUGCUCUGUAAACAUUUCCUGAUUUUUCUUCAACCUCAAGCACCUGCAGAUCCGGACCUAGUGAUGUCGAGGAUCACCAGGUGGAAGAUUGAGAAGACAAAAGUAAAAGUGGUAUUCCGGUUACAGUUCCAUGCUACACAUAUUCCACAGACUGGCUGGGAUAAAAUCUAUAUUUCUUUCAUUCCUGCUGACUCUGGAAAAGCAACUGCCAAGACAACUAAAGCAAAUGUGAGAAAUGGGACUUGCAAAUGGGGAGAUCCAAUCUAUGAGACUACAAGACUUCUCCAAGACAUUAAAACCAAACAGUAUGAUGAAAAGCUCUAUAAGUUUGUUGUUGCGAUGGGUUCCUCACGAUCUAGCAUCCUUGGUGAGGCUACUAUCAAUCUUGCUGAUUAUGCUGAUGCAUCAAAGCCUUCUGCUGUAGCAUUGCCCCUUCAUGGUUGUGAUUCUGGAGCUAUUUUACAUGUUACCAUACAGUUGCUGACGUCUAAAACUGGUUUCAGAGAGUUUGAACAGCAGAGGGAACUUAGAGAAAGGGGAUUGCAGGCAGGGACUGAUCCAAAUGGUCCUGAUCAAUCUUCCAUUGGGAACCUAACUGUAGAAAUUGCUAGUCAAGUGGAUAAGGUAAAUGCAAGGGUUAGAUUCAAAGAAAAAUUGAAAGAGCACCAUUUGAUUGAAGAAGAUGUAGGCCUAACUGAAGAAUAUGCAGACUCGGCUGUUGGGUUUGAUGGCUCCUCAAAUACUUCAGGAAGUUUGUAUGCAGAGAAGCAUGAUACAUCCAGCACUCAUGAAAUUGACAGCCUGGGAAAUACCGUCUCUGGUGAUUUAGCUGGACUUAGUCAAAGUCCUCAGCAAGAGAAGGGAGACCCUUCUGAGUGCCGGUAUAUGACACAGGGUACCAGCGAUUGGGUUCAUCACUGGAGUUCAGACUAUUCUGCUGAUAAUGACUUGGCAAGCGCCUAUGAGGAGAAUGGUAGACUUAGAGGAUGCUUGGAAAUGGCUGAGUCAUCUGUACAUGAACUCAAGGUCGAAGUUUGUUCCCUACAAAAUCAUGCUGAAGAAUUAACAGCUGAAACACAAAAGUUUGCCCAGCAACUGGCUGCUGAGAUUGCCUCAGGAGAACAGUUGGAAAAAGAGGUAUCUGUGUUGAAAUUAGAGUGUUCAAAGCUGAAAGAUGAACUUGAACAGCUGAAUGGUCAGAAACCAUUCCUUUCAGUUGUCAGAAAAGAAGCUAUAAAGAAGGACCAGAACAACUUUAAAGACUUGGAGGUCAUCUGGACAAACGGGCUUUUAGUUAUGGAGGAUAAGAUGAGGAAACUUCACAACAAGGUGAGCUUGGGCCCUCAGGAAAGAGACCUUAGGUUCCUUCACUCAGACGUAGAGGCAUUGCUUGAUAUUCUUCAAGAUCUCAAACAAGGAACUAGGAAGGCAGCUUCUGAUCUUAGUGUACUACUCAGUGAAAGAAGCAAUGUAAAGGAGACAGGAGAAAUGAGUUUACAUGAAAGUGAUCGAUAUGUAUUGGGAACUGGAACUGAUCCAGAGCUUUUUCAACCAGACAUAGGCAUUCUUCCUGCUGUCGGCAUACCUGGCCCAGUUUCCCAUGAACCUGAUUCUGUAGAUGCUGCCACUGCAAUGAAGGAAAAAAUCUUUGAACUUCUGAGAGAGUUGGAUGAAUCAAAAGCAGAACGUGAAAGCCUAGCAAAGAAAAUGGACCAGAUGGAAUGUUACUAUGAAGCUCUUGUUCAAGAACUUGAGGAAAAUCAAAGGCAGAUGUUGGGAGAGCUGCAGAGUCUCAGAAAUGAGCAUUCUUCUUGUUUGUAUGGGUUCCAGUCAACCAAGGCUGAGAUGGAGGCUAUGCACCAAGAGAUGAAUGAACAAAUCUUGAGAUGUGCAGAAGACAAGCAAGGUUUGGAAUCUCUCAACAAAGAACUUGAAAGAAGGGCUACUACUGCAGAAACAGCAUUGAAAAGGGCACGCCUCAAUUACUCAAUUGCUGUAGAACAAUUACAGAAGGAUCUUGAAGUGCUUUCUUUCCAGGUUUUGUCUAUGUUUGCGACUCAUGAGAAUCUCAUCAAGCAAGCUUUUGUAGAUUCUCCGCCAACAAAGUUUCAAGUUUACCCAGAGAUGAUGCAGAAUCAUCAGAAACUGGAGUCAGAGGCAUCUCACACCACCAAGCUCUUCCAAUGCCAAAAUCAGCAUGUAGGAGUUAAGAAGCAGAACUCUGGAGAUAUCCUUCCAGAGGAUUUGAAGAGAUCAUUCCAGUUGCAGGAAGGCAUUUAUCUGAAGAUUGAAGAAGAGAUCUGUGAAGCGCAGUAUGUAAAUAUAUGCCUAGAUGUAUUUUCAAACACUCUAAAAGAAACUCUGCUUGAAGCAAGUUCUGCUGUCAGGUUUAUGAAGAAGAGAAUAGAUGAGCUUACACAGCAGCAGGAGCUUUUGGUACAUUCCAAGGAGUUACUUAGUCAAAGGCUUCAAGCUGCUAUGGAUGACAUUCAUUCUCUCAAUGAAGACAAGGCCAUUUGUAUUGCCAAGUGUAAUGACAUGGCUGCGCAGAAACAAAUUUUAGAAGCAAAUUUAGAAGAUGUUACCCAUGAAAACCAUCACAUGACACUGAAGAUAAAUGAACUGGAGCCGUUGAUAAUGGAAUACAAAAAUUACAAGAGCAAGUAUGAUUCCUGUGCUAUGGAGAAGAUAGAAUUGGCUAAUUCAUUGAAGGAGGAAACCCUGGAAAAGGGUCAUCUUCAGAAUGAUGUUUCUUCUCUGCAGGAACAGUUGAAAGAGGUAAAAACUGAGUUUGAUGAAUUGAUUACUGUGAAGAAGGAUCUGCAGAAUACUCUUGACUCUCUGCAAAAUAGACUGUGGAACUUACUGUCAUCAUAUGAUAAAACUUUCGAUGGACUGUCUCUCUGGAGUGAAUCUGCUGAUCAGUAUUUGGAGUCCAAAGAUUUAGCAGGUGUCCUAGUGCAGUUGGAAGGGAUGCAAAAUAAGGCAUUAGAAAAGAUUCUCCAACUCUUGAAGGAGAAGAAAGAUCUGAUGGAUGAAAGAGAUAAGGCUCAAGUGUCCUUAAGCAUGGUGGAGUCAGAUAAGUUGGUGGUGAAACAGACUUUUGAGAAUGAUAUAAAAAUUAUGGCUAAUAAAUUGGAUGUCUACAAUGUACUGUUUCAGAAGCUUCAGUUAGAAAUUGAUGCUGUUUCAGAAAAACUCAGGGUUAGCUCUGAGGUCGAAGAAAACCAUGCACAGCAGCAGAAAGAACUUUUAUCUGACCUUGAGCGUUUGGAAGUUGAACUGCAAAAGCUUACUUCUGAAAACAGAGAGAUCAAUCAAGAAAUCUUGGUAUUGGAGUCUGUCAGUCAAGAGUUAGAAAGCAACAAGCUGGCCAUCACUGAACUUGAAGAGAAAAACAAAAAUUUAACUCAAUAUUUGCAGGAUAAAAGUGAGGAAUCAUCCAAGCUCUCAUUUGAGCUUAAUUGUUUGAAAGAAAGUUUGCAAUGCCUGCAAGGUGAGUUACUGGCUGAGAGGAGUUCUAAAGACAAAUUAGAGAGUAUGGUAUUGAGGCUUACUUCAGAAAUGAAUGAGAAGCAUUGCCAGUUGAUGAAUUUUGAUCAGCAGAAAUCAGAAGUGAUCCAGCUCAAGCAAAUGGUAUCUGAGCUAGAAUCAGAGAAAUCGCGGGUUUGCCUUCUGCUGCAGUCUGAGCAAUGCCUUAAAAAUGCUAACGAGGAAUCUUCUUCUAUUAAUGUUCUUGAAGCUCAGCUGCCUGAAAUGCUUGAACCUUCAGUAGCUGCAGAUGUUUGUCUAGUUUUCAUUAGAACUCAGUAUGAGGCUUGCACAGAGGACCUUGUUCGACAGUUUUCCUUGUCAGAAAGUCGCCUUGCUGAGCUUCAAAGCAAGCAUGUUCAAGUUGAAAGCACACUGAAUGUCUGCCUUGCCCAUGAAUCACACUACACUGAAGAAAAUAGAAAAUUGUUAACAAGUCUCAACUCCCUAAAAUCAGAGUUAGAAGCUGCUAUUGUUGAAAACAAGACACUUCUCAAUACAAACAGCAAGAUUACAGCUGAGGUUGAGCAAUACAGAAACAAAGUUGAAGAGAUGGAACACAAUCACUGUGAGGACAAAAGACAGCAUGUUCUUGAAAUUGAAAGGCUGAAGCAUUUAUUAGUCAGUUCUCAAGAAGAGAUUGAUGAUUUGUUGGUACUGACAGAAGAAUUGGAAGUCAAUCUUUUAGUUCUGAAAUCCAAAUUGGAUGAACAACAUACAAAGGUAAGUUUGUUGGAAGGGUAUGGUGAUGAGGUAAAUUUGUUGCAGAACCAGUGUAGUGUGCUUUCUCAGAGGCUCUCGGAACAGAUUAGGAAGACAGAAGAGUUCAAAAAUCUCUCUGUUCAUUUCAAGGAGCUUAAAGAGAAGGCUGAGGAAGAAAUUGCCCAGGCACGGGAGAAAAGGGAAUCUGAAGGACCCCCCACUGUCAUGCAAGAGACCUUGAGAAUUGUAUUUAUCAAAGAACAGUACGAAACAAGGCUGCAAGAAAUAAAACAACAGUUAGCCAUCUCCAAAAAGCACAGUGAAGAGAUGCUGUGGAAAUUACAAGAUGCUAUUGAUGAAAUUGAAACUAGAAAGAAAUCUGAAGCUUCUCACUUGAAGAAAAAUGAAGAGCUAGGACUGAAGAUUUUGGAAUUGGAGGCUGAGUUACAGGCAGUGACUUCUGAUAAACGUGAAAAAGUGAAGGCUUAUGACUGGAUGAAAGCUGAAUUGGAAUGCUCAAUGAUAAGCCUAGAAUGCUGCAAGGAAGAAAAACAGAAACUUGAAGCUUCUUUGCAAGAAUGCAUGGAGGAAAAAUCAAAAAUUUCAGAUGAUUAUGAUAUGGUAAAGCAACUGCUUGAGGCUUCUACAUCACCCAUAACAUGUUCAAAGAGGGAUCCACAUCUUAGGCAUUUUAGCCAAGACCUUUCAAUUAAGUGUGAAGGGACAGAAAGCACAAGCUCGGUUGCAGGUGAAGGUGACUGUUCCAUUGCACCCACAAAUUUGCAACCUGAGGAUCUUUUAACCAACAAUUUAAAUGGAGGUCGAAGUCUUGCACUUGUGAAUCAAGAGAACUUGCUGAACAGUGAUGCUAAACAUCUUUCUGUAUACAAUGAUCAAGCCCAGAGUUUAAGGUCUAGCAUGGACCAUCUAAACAAUGAGCUGGAAAGGAUGAAAAAUGAGAAUUUGCUUCUUUCACAAGAAGAUCAUCAAUUUGGUUCAAAGUUUCCAGAUUUACAAAGAGAAUUGAUGCAGUUGCAUAAGGUGAAUGAAGAAUUGGGGACAAUAUAUCCUCUAUUUAAUGAAUAUUCAGGAACUGGAAAUGCAUUGGAAAGGGUACUUGCUUUGGAAAUUGAGCUUGCUGGUGCCUUACAAAACAAGAGGAAAUCAAGCAUCAAUUUUCAGAGAAAGCCUAGAGUAGAUGAAGAUAGUUCUCAUCCUCACACCAAGUACCUUGAAGCUCCUGACUGUGGAAGACCCCAAGGAGAGUUAGUUUGAAGUUUGAGCAUGUAUAGAUAGAAAGAAGGGGAUGACAAGAACAGAAAUCUGGCAUGGGAAACUAUUCCACAUUUACUUCGGGCAAUUUCUUGACACAUUCAUUGCUCUUGAUGUCUGGGUGGUAGAGCCUGCUUUUGAACCAUAUUUGGAUAAACACUAACAUCUAAUAAAAUCUGACAUGAUAUUCUCUCCUUGUCCAGCUCAUUCUUGAAACAGCACAAUGACGAGGAAGCAAUUUUCAAAAGCUUUAGUGACAUAAAUGAGCUAAUCAAGGACAUGUUGGAGCUCAAAAAAGGAUACGCUUCAGUUGAAACUGAACUGAAAGAAAUGCAUAGUCGUUACUCUCAGCUAAGCCUUCAAUUUGCAGAGGUUGAAGGAGAGAGACAGAAACUCAUGAUGACUCUAAAAAGUGUUAGGGCAGCCAGGAAGAGCCAGCACCUGAUUCGAUCCUCAUCCACUACAGUGGGAGACCAGUCUUGAGCUACAAGAACAAGUCGGGCAAUAAUGUCUUGUUUGCGCAUCCCAGGACUGACGCCUUACAGAAGUUAAAGCAAAUGCCUUUGCCUUCUGCAUUGCUAAAUUAUUGGAUUGCAAGUAUAUCCGGAAGCUAUUGAGCUACUGCAAGAUACAAAAUUUUCGACCUCAGUGUAGGAGCCAAAAGCUAAGCAGCUGUAUUUAUGUAAAUAAAUCUAUGUUUCCGAUUCUUCUUCACUGGUUAUUAGUAGCAGAAGGAAUAGAUAACUGGAGCACUCUGACCCUUUUUUGGUCUUGGUCUUGUUGUGUAAUUCUUCUAUUGUAUAGGAAAUCAAAUUCUUUAAUUGAU